GAAGACCGCUGCGGUUUCCAGAUUUGUAUAUACUUUUUCCGUAAGUUAAGUUCUUGCAAUUCUUAUUAGUUUCCCAAUCUGGGCCAGAGAUUAGACGGUUUCUAUUUAUAUACUGCUUGAUUGGGUUGUGAUUUGUAUCGGAUGCUUUCCGUUCCCUGGUGAUGCCACCUCCGGCCUUCCCUUUCUGUGGGCGUCACGGUGCCAGUUGGUAUGAAACUUUGAGUCUUUAUUGCUGCAUUCCUAUAAAUCGUUCUUGAAGCAAUACUUGUGGUCUGAGCUGUUGAGACUUGGGAUUUGGGGGAAGAAAAGCUUGUGCUGAUUUCUUGUUCGGCUAGUGGCAUUCUAGUUUUUCGUGCCUUACCGUGUUGAAGUGAGUUCGAUCUUGUGUUUUUAGUUUGCAAGGAUGAAAUGUUUGUACUUGGUUGGAACUUCCCGGGUAUUCUUCCUUUUCAGUUUAAAUCAUUUGCCAUAUUUCUGUCUAGCAAUGCUAUAGGCACAUAGACCAUCAUUCUUUUCUUUGUUCCUUUGACUUGAUGAGUAAAAGGCCAAAGCUGAAACUUCUUUGAACUUUUUCUCUCUGCUCCUGUCACCAUUUGUUUGGUCUGUAUGAUCUGAUAAGCGAAAAAACAAUUUGUCUGACCGUUUUAGGGACAGGCUUCCCUCGUCUUGGGUGGUUGGGAAGGAGGAAACUAGUAGUGCUCAAGAGCAAGCCAUGGAGGACUGCACCGAUCGGAACCUUGCACAGAGGAGGAUUAUCCCCACUGGAUUCUUCGGGGUCCCUGGCCUCUUCGUGAGGCUAAGCAGCAAAGGCCUGAAUGAAGUGGACCCUAAUUCAGUCUGCAUCCCAACCUCUCCACUGGAUUUCAAAAACCUGCCAUCAAAUAAUGCGGUGCGCACCAAUCUCAAGCCCCCUCGAUUGCAGGGUAUCGAGGCUGAUCUAAAGCUCAGAAUGAGCCCCCCGAGAGUAGGCCUCGGCCUUGUCAAUGCACUCACAGCCCAUGAGAGCAAGUUGCACUCCGGAUUCAAGAACCCCUUUCUUGCGCUUGGGUUGCCAAGGGUGACCACUGAUGCAUCACCCCAGAAUAAUGGCUCCAUUGGUAUCACCAUGAACGGGAUUAUAGACUUUGCUCUGUCUGAAGAGUACACCUGUGUCAUCCACCACGGUCCGAACCCAAAGACGACGCACAUUCUCGGAGGCGAGACUCUGGAGGUGUACAAGGGUGUCCAGGAUGGUUCCAAGAGGCCUAUUUUCACCAUCAAGCCCACUGGUGAGCAGUCAUGGCUGCCCUCGCUGGCUGGAGUUGCUUCUGGUUUGUGCUCCUGCUGCCGGAAGAGGCUGCGAAAGGACAGGGACAUAUACAUGCAUGUGGGUGAGAAGACGUUCUGCAGCAACGAGUGCAGGAAGACUGAGGAGGCGAAGCUGACGUACGCUGGAUGCUGGCAGCUCCUGUGCUCUUUAUUGGUGAAGCUUGUAGUGGUUGCAAGGAAAUGUUUCCCACAAGUGUAUCGUCUUGUUUUGUUUGGCCUAAAAGGCUGAAACUUGGGACCCAGUAGGAAGGAAGGAGAGCACUUCCUGUUCUAGUUUUAUCUGAAUGGAGGAGAGGUUUUGAGUUAGCCAGUUUCAGUCAUAGCGCUAUGGCUAAACCAUUUUCAUGGAUUGUUGGCCUUUUUGGCUGUAAGACUAAAUAUGCUGUGCCAGCAAUAUAUGAUCCCAUUAUAUUAUAAGUUGUUUUUAACUCAUUUCCCCUGAUUUUGAAUUUUUGAUCUGUUCUAAAUCUUCAUCAGACCUGCUUACGAUUAUCCAUCAUACCAACUCGGCCGAUACUAGUGAAAUGGGUACCAGUUGCUCCAGAGUGGUAAUAAGCUCUGCUGCUCAGAAGCAAAUGCUCUUCCGAAAAGGUCAAAAGAAAACUACGAUGCUCUGAUGAAUCGCCUGAGGCACUAACAGCAGCAAUGCAAUUAUGAACUCCAUUCCUUUGUGCUGUAGCUUGCCGAGACCCUGUUGAGCUACAGUAGCAUGUAACCCUAGCUUCCGAACCAAGGCUUAUUUGACCAAGACUUUGACCAUGAUUAGUUUAUUAGUGUUUUUUAUGAAACAACCAUCAACAGAUUAGUAUGUGAUUUAAAUUGAUAUCAUUAUAUCUUAUUCAUGUACAGAAGUACUUCCUUACUAUUAUGAUUUGGAUUGUCCCAUGUUGAUAAGAGUAAUUUUUGUCAAUAGGCCUUACGUCGAAGGAGUUUGCAUGAACGCACUGCUAGAUCAGCGUUAGGCACUCGGGUCAAGGAUAUCCAAUGUGGAGAGGAGGCACUUCCUGCUCUUGCUCGAUUGAUCAAUCGCGAGUGCUGAGGAUGACCGUUGCACCAGUGUUUAGAUGGUGCUCUCGUCUCCCAGAUCAGACAAUAUUUCUUAGUUCGUAAUUCUUUUUCUAGAUUCUAUGAAUGCUAACUCCAAGCUAGUGUUUUUUUUUCUCAGCGUUUAUCUUUUGUAAAAAAAGACACUGACACCUAUCGGAUAAAAGAACAAAACCAAGAAAUCAAACCGCGCGCUCGCAAAUUUUCGCUUUAGCAUCAUACCCAGUUUACCUCUUCACCCACUUCGAGCACAUGGAUCAAUUUAGCAAAACCGUCUAUAAAUUGUGUUCGUGGUAAAGCGGAGGUCUUUUUGACGUCUACACCUAUCAAUGUAUUUCUACUUGUGUUAUUUAAUAAUUUUAGAAAAAAGGUACUGAUAGAUAAAAAUGUAAGAACAUUUUAAAAUUCGUGCAAAAUUAUGGUUCAGUGUACAGUAAAAAGAACAAAUUAAUGGUAUUAUCCCGUUAACAAAUAGUACUCCUUCCGUUCCGUAUUAAAUGACUCAAAUUUGUCCAAAUAUGGACGCACUUAUAUAUUAAAAUACGUUUAGAUACAUGUAAUAUUUCAGCACUUAAUAUGGGACAAAGAGAGUAUGCAUUUUGUUUUUCUAUGGGAUGAUGUAAUGUUAAAUUUACAAAAAAAAAAUCAUGCACUUUUAUAUUCACAUGUUAUACUGCUAUCGUGGUAUAAUGUUAGAGCAACUAGCACAUAUACCAUAUUUUGUAUGAUGCUUUUCUAUCUAUCAGUAAACCGGAGAUAGAAAGGUCUCAGCGGUGUACAUACUAGUAACCAUGCUUUGUCAAUGCUAAAAAAUAAAACUGGAGAACUCUGAUAGCCGGUUUGGCUUCCACCAUUUGACCCUAGAAUGCGACAACUUGUUUUGGAUAUAAAAAAACCAACUUGCUUGGCUGGCAUGAAAUUGGGUACCACAAUUCAAUCUGAAAUUUAAUGUGAUCACAUCUAUACUUAACCCCAAUUCUUCUAGAGAAGACACCAUUUCUCUGAAUUUGUCUCUCGUUCUACAAAUCCGUGUGGCAGACUGCAGACAAACAUGAUUUUUGAGCCCUUAAUUCAAAUUUGACCAAUUGAAAUCUUAUCAAAAAUCAGACUUCGAUGUAAGGAUGGUUGGCAAACGAGCUGUAACACGAUCAUACCAAAUUACCAUGAGAAUACGCAGGGCUUGAAUCGACUCAGGAGAGGGUUACACUUUGAACAAUAGAAGAAACGGGGCAAAAAGACCCCGGA